AUGGUUGUCUUCUGUAUCACCAACGUUAAACUAGACAACAACAUGAAAUACGCUAAACUAGACAACAAUAUGAAAUAUGCUAAACUAGACAACAAUAUGAAAUACGCUAAACUAGACAACAAUAUGAAAUACGCUAAACUAGACAACAACAUGAAAUACGCUAAACUAGACAACAAUAGGAAAUAUGCUAAACUAGACAACAAUAUGAAAUACGCUAAACUAGACAACAAUAUGAAAUACGCUAAACUAGACAACAACAUGAAAUACGCUAAGCUAGACAACAAUAUGAAGUAUGAUAAACUAGACAACAAUAUGAAAUACGCUAAACUAGACAACAAUAUGAAAUACGCUAAACUAGACAACAAUAUGAAAUACCCUAAACUAGACAACAAUAUGAAAUACGCUAAACUAGACAACAACAUGAAAUACCCUAAACUAGACAACAACAUGAAAUACGCUAAACUAGACAACAAUAUGAAAUAUGCUCAAUGA